AUGGCCUCUACUUCAUCUUUCACUCAGCUUGCUCCUAGCACCCGAAGAUCCCGAAGGGGACGCAAGUUAUCCCGCAAGAAAGCUGAAGAUCGACCGCGACUAACUCAGCAAGAUGUCGAUAAGCUUGCCAUCCAGAUGCGGGAGACCUACGGUUGGGACUCGGACGUCAAGGAUUUUCAAUUGGCGGCCGUCAAAGCCCAAAUCGAAGGCGUUGACAUCAUCGUCCAAGCCCCGACUGGGCCAGGGAAGACCGCACUGGCCGCGGGACCGCACCUUUGGGGCUGGAAGGAGAAGAAGUUCACCAUUAUGGUAUGUCCCCUGCUAUCGCUGGAGGAAGAAAUGGAACAAACUUUUGAUACAGACUUUAAGCUCAAGGUGAUUGCCCUAAACAGCAAAAAUGGAGCCUGUUCACCUCUCACGCUCAGGGAGAUCCUCGCGUUCAAGUAUCAAAUAAUCCUUGUCUCGCCUGAAAUGCUCCAGUCCCGCACGUUCACCGACCGCAUUCUGCGCAACAGCCACUUUAUGUCUUACAUCCUUUCCAUGUUCAUUGACGAAGCCCAUUGUAUAGUACACUGGGGUGCUGAUUUUCGGAAGAAAUAUGGCACGUUAGGGAAGAUACGAGCCUUUCUUCCUCUCGGAACCCCUGUCAUAGCAGUCACUGCUACACUUACUGCCCGUGUACGACGGGCGAUCCACACGUCGCUCCAUUUUGGGCAGUCAAACGCCCCAAGUCGGUUUAUUAACAAGGGAAAUGAUCGACCGAAUGUCUCCAUUAUUGUACGCGCAUGUGAGCAUCCCCUCAACACCUUUGCCGACCUCAAUUUUGUCAUCCCUUCCACCCUUCGCACCCCAUCUGAUAUCCCAAAAACCUACAUAUACGUCGACAACAUCGCCCAUGGUGCCGAAAUCAUUGACAGGCUAAAUGCACGCCUCGAGUCCCACCCCGACGUCGCCUCUGCCCCAGGAGGAAGCGGGCGCUUCCGAGGCAUUGUACGCCCUUUCAACGCGACUAUGUCCGCUCCCUACCGCACGCUUGCUAUGGCUCAUUUUCGGCAUGUUCAACACAUACGUAUUUUAGUUUGUACUGAUGCCGCAGGCAUGGGCUGUAAUAUUCCCGAUAUCGAUCGCGUCGUGCAGUGGAAACUCCCUACAACAUUUUCACACUUUAUCCAGCGCGCUGGCAGGGCCGCUCGGGGGCGUGGUCGCACAGGGGUGGCGGUCCUCUUGGUGGAGAGAAGUGCGUACUCUAUCAAUUUGAUUACAAACCCCCCAGCUUCCAUGGGUGCCAAGGAAAAGGACGCCCGCAAGAAGAAGACAAUCGCCCCAGCAAGGGCAGAUGAACCCAAGCCCGAUCGGAAAGAGGUUCGCGAGUACGCGCACGCCCAUGGUGUCGAACGUGGGGGCUCAAACAAGCUCGAUCCUCCCCCCAAAGGACGUCAGCCAUCCUUGAACCCGGAAUGCGCAGAUGAGGGACUUUUGACAUUUGUUCAGAGCACUUCAUGUCGACGUGCCAUUUGGGCCCAAGCCUUUGAGAGUCCCCUUACAAUCCCCUGCUGUGACAUCUGCGACCCGACACUCCUAGAUACCACUCGCCCACUGCGGCGGCCUCCUGAGUCGCGCGCCAAGAACAUCCGACGCGGGCAACCACACGGUCCUACGUCUAUGGCUCUUCGCGAAUGGCGAAGGGCUGUAUACAGCCGUGACCACACCUCAGCCCCUUACGACGCCUCUGGCAUCCUCGACAAUAUCUUGAUCAAAACCCUUCCAUCCUGUGGACCUCUUACCGUGCCCCAGAUCUCUAGUCUCCUGGAAGACAAAUGGAUUUUUUGGGGCAAGUAUGGCUCAGAGCUCACCGCGUUCCUGGCCACGCUCACUAUCCCA